AUGGAGGCCGCGGCGACGACCGCGCUCCCGUUCGCGGCGGGGGCGGCGGCAGCCUUCUUCCCCGCUGCCGCCGGGAGUGCGCGGGCGGCGAGGUGCGCGCGUCCGCGGACGCGGCGGUCCGUGGUGGCGAAGCUGGAGGACGGGCUCGGGAAAGGGGUGCCCACCACCAACUACGUGGUGCCGCUCGACAAGGCCACCGGGAUGACGCGCCCGCUCGUCGAGAUCCUGCGGGACCUCAACAAGCGCGUCCCCGACAAGAUCAUCGACCCCGACACCGACACCGUCCACUGGUACCAUGCCAACAGAAUGCUUAGCUUUUACGCACCAGGUUGGUGUGGAGAAGUUCGUGAUGUUAUUUAUUCUGAGAAUGGAACUGUAACCGUGGUAUAUCGAGUGAUACUUAAAGGAACUGAUGGAGAGGCAUAUAGAGAUGCCACGGGUACAGCACAGGUCCAUGAGUGGCGCAGGGAAGAUGCUGUUGCCGCCGCGGAGGAAGCUGCAUUCUGCAAAGCCUGCGCGCGGUUUGGUUUUAGCCUGUACCUGUACCACCAGGAUGAUACUCAUCACGACGACCACUUCCAUUGA